AACCUUAGCUUAUAAUUUCGUCAUGUUGGUUAUGUAUUAAAAAGAUAUUGUUAUUUAUCACUGUUAUCAAUUAACAAUCAAAUAAGUAAACAAUUAGACAACAUUACAAUUUUAUUAUAAGAACCUAGAAAUUAAGUACAUUUCUAGGAAAAUAAGAUAUGGCAAAAAAGGAAUCCAAAGAACAAUUAUCUAUAACCAUAGCUCGACAUUAUGAUAAUGGAGAAAAUAAUUUAUCAGCACGAAAUGAAUCACGAAUAUUAUAUUUAAGAAACUUUAAUAAUUGGGUUAAAUCAACUCUUAUAAAAGAAGCUGGAGAAUUCUUAAAUGAAUUUGGAAUUCGCGAUAAAAAUGUGUUAGACUUGGCAUGUGGUAAAGGUGGGGAUUUAAAUAAAUGGAGAAAUAUGAAUGGUAUCAAAAAUCUUGUAGCUGCAGAUAUAUCAAAUGGAUCAAUAACUAAUUGCAAAUCUCGAUAUGAAGACAUGAAAAGAAGAAGCAAAGAUUCCUUAUUCAAAGCUAAAUUUAUCGUAGCCGAUUGUACUAGAGUUAUGAUAAACCAAUUUUUUAUCAAUACCAAAGCACCAAUACAUCUUGUUAGUUGUCAAUUUGCAUUUCAUUAUUGUUUUGAAAGUAUUCAACAAGCUCAAUGUAUGUUAAGAAAUAUAUCUGAAAAUCUAGUUAGUGGUGGACUUUUUAUAGGAACAAUACCAAGUGCAGAUGAAAUUGUAAGAAGAUUAAAAAAUUGUGGCAACAAAAAGUUUGGAAACAGCAUCUAUAGUAUUGAAUUUGAGUGUAAUACUGACAAAUUACCAUUAUUUGGAGCUAAAUACAAUUUCCAUUUAGAAGGCGUUGUCGAUUGUCCUGAGUUUUUAGUUCAUUUUCCAUUGUUGAUAGAAUUAGCAAAAAAAUUUGGAUUGGAACUUAAAAUGAAAAUGAAUUUCUCUGAAUAUUUUAAAAAAUAUUCUAUUUUAGAUUUAAAAUUUUUAAGUCGUAUUAGAGCAUUAGAGUUGUAUCCGCCACACAAUGGAAAUAAGACAAUGGGAAUAGAUGAAGAAUACAUAAAAGCAAAACAGUUUUUAGUAGAUAGUAAUAUUAAUAGUGUAGGAACUUUGACAGUUUCCGAGUGGGAAGUUGCAACCCUGUAUAUGGUCUUUAUGUUUCAAAAAACCUAGUAAUCAUUAAUUAAAAGCUAACUACCAAUGUAAAAUCAUUGGGUAUUAACAAAAACAUGAUAGGCUUAAAGAAAAUAUUGCCUACCCAAAAUAGAUGACUGAAUGUCAAUGUAAU